AUGACAGGUGAUAAGAUACGCACCAUGCGGAAGGAUCAUAAUAAAGCAAAUAAAAAUGAAGCGAUAAUGGACACCUACGAUGAGACCUCCAACGGGACGGUUCCUAAUGGUAAUAGUAACCUCUUCAAGUCUAACAAGGCUUUUCAGAAAUCUGUCAAGUCCUCGGCACUGCAACAGCAGCAGCAGCUCAAUGCGAACAACAUAAACGGCAACGCAUCAGUUGUGAAUGACGACAACAAAAACCCAAUAAUCCUGCAGUGUGAGGAGCUGGAGUUUCCAGUUCAUGAGUGUGUGUUCAAAGGGGAUGUCCGUCGACUCUCCUCUCUCAUCAGGACCCACAGCAUCUCUCAAAAAGACGUGCAUGGGAACACACCUCUUCACCUUGCUGUAAUGUUGGGCCACAAAGAAUGUGCCCUUCUCCUCCUGGCUCACAAUGCCCCCGUUAAGAUCAAGAAUGCGCAGGGGUGGAGUCCGCUUGCAGAAGCUAUCAGCUACGGUGAUCGGCAGAUGAUUACAGCGAUAUUGAGGAAGUUAAAGCAGCAGUCAAGAGAGAAUGUGGAGGAAAAGAGGCCGAAAUUACUGAAAGCUCUCAGGGAGCUCGGUGACUUUUACCUCGAGGUUCAUUGGGACUUUCAGAGCUGGGUGCCAUUGUUGUCCAGGAUGCUGCCGUCUGAUGCUUGCAAAAUCUACAAGCAGGGCAUUAAUAUCAGACUUGACACUACGCUCAUCGACUUCAACGACAUGAAGUGUCAACGCGGAGAUCUGAGCUUCAUUUUUAACGGUGACGCCUCGCCUUCCCAGUCCUUUGUGGUUCUGGACAAUGAAGCCAAAGUGUACCAAAGAAUACACCACGAGGAAUCGGAGAUGGAGACUGAAGAGGAAGUGGACAUUCUGAUGAGCAGCGACGUCUACUCUGCAACUCUGUCAACAAAGUCAAUAACUUUCUCUCGGAGUCAGAUUGGCUGGCUCUUCAGAGAGGAUAAAACGGAGAGGGUUGGAAACUUCCUGGCCGACUUCUACGCUGUCAACGGUCUGGUGCUGGAGUCGAGGAAACGGCGGGAGCAUUUAAGCGAAGAAGACAUCAUGAGGAAUAAAGCCAUCAUGGAGAGCCUGAGUAAGGGAGGCAGCAUCAGCGAGCAGAAUUUUGAGCCUGCGAGGAGGCAGUCGCUCACAGCGCCAGCCCCCAACACCAUUUCUUGGGAAGAGUACAUAACGGCAGAGCAUGGAAAGCCGCCUCACCUCGGCCGAGAGCUCGUGUGCAAGGAAAGCAAGAAGAACUUCAAAGCUACUGUAGCCAUGAGCCAGGAUUUUCCUCUAGGCAUCGAGUCGUUACUAAACGUGUUGGAAGUCAUUGCUCCAUUCAAGCACUUCAACAAACUCCGAGAGUUUGUUCAGAUGAAACUUCCUCCGGGGUUUCCAGUCAAACUCGACAUCCCCGUCUUCCCGACGAUCACAGCGACUGUCACCUUUCAGGAAUUCCGCUACGACAAGUUUGACGAAUCUAUUUUCUUGAUCCCUGCCGAAUACAAGGAAGAUCCAAGCCGCUUUCCGGACCUCUGACCUGUCAACGCGUCCAGCUUGGGAGAGUGAGAGCAGAACAGAGGACGCUGGUCUGACUCUGAAUCCAUAUUAACUAUUUAUUACUAUUAUUAAAAAAAAAAAAAAAAGUAAGGGAAGAAAAUGGGAGGGCUGCUCUUGUUGAUCAUUUAAUCCAAGAGGAUUUGACAGAGCGCCGUAUCAGCUAUAGAUGAACAUCUGCAAAUGUUUUUGUGAAAUGAUUGAUGGCUUUUGUUGUACUUGCUGUUUAUACACAGAGCAGGUAAAGCUGCUGCUCUGUGCUGCUGUGCGCCAUUUUUAAAGCUGUCAAAUCAUUAUUAUUUCAGCAUACUCGAAGCUGCACUCACCUUCAGAAAUGUAUAUAAUUCUUCUUGUUUUUGUUCACGACAUUUAAAAGAAAAAAACUCCCACAAAUAUAGAGCUAUCCUUAACCUGAGCUUACUGGUCAUUUAUAUAUAGCAUAUUAUAUAUCUAUAAACUCAAUGGAGUAACACUGUGUAGCAAUACAUUUCCAGUACUUAAGAAUGUUUUUACCCACCUGGGACAAGGUUUAGUAUAUAUAUAUAUAUAUAUAUAUAUAUAUAUAUAAAAACCCAACUCAAACAGUUUGAUAUCAAAGCCUUUUCCCUGUGCAGGACACGGCUUCCUGCGUUUUCAGGUCUGCUCAUGUUACCUCUCGGCCGUCUCUGUGUUUUGUUGUGAUAGUAUGAACCCCCCCGUGCUCCGUACGAGUGAAUACGUCUACUGUGUCGAGAACCGUUCUGUGUAUGUUUGUGUGUGGGAGAACCCAGAUUGGGGUAUCAGGUAAACAGUUUGUAGUCUUAAUACUGCACUGAUAUUUAAAGGCAUGCUAUGGCUGUUAGCCGCCUGGAUCAAAUGCAUCCUGAUGCUACGUUAUCUAAGAGUUUGUUACUGUAUAGUAUUUGCAGACACACGGAUAUUUAGAUUAGGGAGGUGAAAAGUAACACUAACACUUUCAAACAACUUCUAGCGAUACACAUGUGAUCCCUUUGAUAGUCUGCAAAUGUUUCUUUUUUUUUUCUUCCAAAUAUAGGUGUAUAUGAAUUUAAGGAGUGGAAAAUAAGCUGUGAAAAUCAAACUGGAUGUCAGUAUUCAGACAGGAAAAGAUGUGAUCCAUCAAAUUGUUGCUGGCUUCAGCUAUUCUGUACUGCAACCAUACCUACUUCACAUCCCUUUAAAUAAAGCACCAGCAUCCUGUUUCAACUGCA